AUGGAGCACCGCAUCGUGGGUCCCGGGCCGUACCGGGCCACCAGGCUGUGGAAUGAAACGGUGGAGCUUUUUCGUGCCAGGAUGCCAUUACGGAAGCAUCGAUGUCGAUUCAAGACUUACGAGCAUUGCUUUACUGCGGCUGAAGCUGUGGACUGGCUACAUGAACUUCUGAGGAACAGUCAAAACUUUGGACCCGAGGUAACUCGCAAACAGACAAUCCAGCUACUAAGAAAAUUCCUCAAGAAUCACGUUAUUGAAGACAUCAAGGGAAAAUGGGGCCAGGAGGAUUUUGAAGACAACCGUCACCUCUACAGAUUUCCUCCUUCCUCACCCCUGAAGCCAUACCCGAAGAAGCCCCUGUAUCACAGAGAUGUUAUUAAGUUUCCAGAAUGGAAUGAUCCCCCACCAGGCACUUCACAAGAGAACAUCCCAGUGAGGCCAAUCGUGAUGAAUUCUGAGAUGUGGUUCAAGCGCCACAGCAUCGCUAUCGGAGAGGUGCCAGCCUGCCGUCUAGUCCACCGCAGACAGCUGACCGAGGCCAAUGUGGAGGAGAUCUGGAAAUCCGCCACAUUGUCACAUUUACAGAAAAUCCUUGGCCUGGACUCCUUAGAAGAAGUUUUGAACAGCAAGCUUGUCAACGCCAAGUUCAUCAUCCACAAUGUGUACAGCGUCAGCAAGCAGGGCGUCGUCAUCUUGGAUGACAAGUCAAAAGAACUUCCUCAUUGGGUUCUGUCAGCUAUGAAGUGUUUGGCAAAUUGGCCCAACUGCACAGACUGGAAGCAGCCUAUGUACUCGGGGUUUGAAAAAGAUGUCUUCAAAACUAUAGCAGAUCACUAUGGUCAGCUGAAGGAACCUCUGCUGACGUUUCAUCUUUUCGAUGCUUUUGUCAGCGUACUAGGUUUGCUGCAGAGGGAGAAAGUGGCAGUUGAAGCGUUUCAGAUAUGCUGUCUCCUUCUGCCUCCCGAAAACAGGAGGAAGUUACAGCUGUUGAUGAGGAUGAUGGCAAGGAUCUGCUUAAACAAAGAGAUGCCCCCACUAUGUGAUGGCUUUGGCACCCGCACACUGAUGGUGCAGACGUUUUCCCGGUGCAUCUUGUGUUCUAAGGAUGAAGUAGACUUAGAUGAGUUGCUGGCUGCCCGCUUGGUGACAUUUCUGAUGGACAAUUACCAGGAGAUUCUGAAAGUUCCCCUGGCCCUGCAGACCUCCAUAGAGGAGCGAGUGGCCCACCUUCGAAGAGUCCAGAUAAAAUAUCCAGGAGCCGAUAUGGAUAUCACUCUGUCUGUACCUUCAUUUUGCCGCCAAAUUAGUCCUGAGGAGUUUGAGCACCAAAGGGCGUACGGCUCCCAGGAGCCACUGGCAGCCUUGUUGGAAGAAGUCAUAGCAGAUGCCAAACUCUCCCACAAGGAGAAGAAGAAGAAGCUGAAGCAGUUUCAGAAAUCUUACCCUGAAGUCUACCAGGAGCGGUUUCCUACACCAGAAAGUGAAGCACUUCUCUUUCCUGACAAACCCAAGGCCAAGCCACAGCUGUUCAUGUGGGCUCUCAGGAAGCCUUUCCAGCCAUUUCAGAGAACUCGAAGUUUCCGGAUGUGAUGCAGUGGCAGAGCUUUGCAGACCUCAGUGGUACGGGCAGCUCAGAGUCAGUUGAAGUUGAAGAUGCUGUAAUAAGCUUCUGAACUACGGAAUUUCAGAGGAAUCCUCAAAUUAUCGACUCCUCGAAUAUUGAGCCUUUAUCAGUGUUUUUUACAAAUCCUGAUGCUGUUUUUAGAGAUGUACAAGUCAGUGAAUGAUUCCAAGUUGAAUGUGUAAUGGUGAUGUUAACAGGCUUGGGAUUGUUACAAAAAGGUGAAGUGUUGCCUUCCUUCUAUUCGUUUUUUUCCAUGGUGUGUAAAGUCAUUGUGUGUGCUUCCUACUCAUGGACACCUUUGUGAAAGCCAAGCUCAAGAGUACUGUACAUACUUGAAUCAGAACAACACUGUGCUGUUACUGUGGUGCCGUCGACUUAGGCGCCAACUGUGAUUUCUCCUGUGUAAAUCCCAUGUUUUUUUAUGUCUUUGUUUUUGUUUUGUUAUUGUACAAAAGUACAAAAGUCCCAAUAUUUUGCAUUGUG